AUGAAGAACAUCCAAUCCCUCACAUCAAACUCAUCUUACACUCUCGAGGGUUACGACGAUUUUAUCCGAGAUACCCUCACCCAUUUUAACUUAGUAGGCCACUUGCUUAAUAUAUGUCUUAUCAACGCUCGAUCGAUCUGCAACAAAAAGACGGAUUUAGCCCUGUUUGUAUCCAUAUAUCAACCAUCAGUUAUUAUGAUAUCUGAAGCAUGGACUAACAGUAGUAUUUCCGACCGAAGCAUAUCUCUAGAUAACUAUUCCCUAUAUAGAAGCGAUAGAUUGAAUGGACGAGGCGGAGGAUGCCUUAUUUACGCUCACUCUAGCCUGAACUCACUGCUAUGUGAUAUGCCUGAACUAAACAAACUGAAGGAUUCGGUAUGGAUUGUAUUAAAGCCGUCGAAUUCCGUUACCUUACUGCUCGGCUGUGUUUAUCGUCAACCUAACGCAUCGAUAGAUGAAAUAGCAGUAUUAUCGGAGGUAUUCACGCUAGCAUCAUCCCUCUCAUUCACAGGCAAGCUCAUUUGUGGUGACUUCAAUAUGCCCGAAAUUUCUUGGCUGCCAGUCAAAGCGCCGAGACGUUAUGAAUCAUUUAUUGAAUGUCUAGAGCUUGGACAAUGGACUCAGUAUGUCGAUAGCCCUACCAGACAUCAAAACAUCUUAGACUUAGUCUUUACCAGUGGCCUCAUCCCCAAUACUUUGUAUAUUGGAAAAAAGUUCCCAGGUAGUGAUCAUAACAUUGUCAUAUGCAGCCUUAAUGUGAAAACCACAACCGAUAGAAGUAAAACCGUAACACUUCGUAGAAACUAUCGCAAGGUUGAUUGGAAUAACUUCCACAAUUACCUAAGAAGCACUGAUUGGAGAACUUUCUUACCUCAAACAAUACCGACACAUUAA